UCACGCGGGAUGUUUAAACAGUCCGGUUUUGGUUCAGAGGAGUAAAGUUGGCCGGUUACUUUUUUCUAUAGAUUUAUAACACUGAUUUUUUUAGGUUGUCUAUUUCAGCAAAUACCCGGGGAGAUGUCACACGACAGGCCUCUGCAGGAGUUGCCCUGCCUGAAUGACUAUUUGGAGGGAUCUAUGCUGUCCCUAUCCCAGAAGAGCAAACGGAAAAAGAGACAGUGCUUCGGAGACGGUCUGGACACGGAGAACACCCCUCACGAACUCAUUCAGCAGUGGUCACCACCUCACAAGCAGCGGGUGGUCUGCAAGGGCAAAGAGAACGAGGAGAACCAGUUUGUGCUUGCCAGACGACCAAGGAAAAGGAGGGAGUUCUCAGGUGUGUCCUGGGACAGUCUCCCAGAUGAGUUACUGUUGGGGAUCCUUUCCUGCCUUCCCCUGCAGGACCUCCUCAGGAUGUCCAGAGUCUGCAAGCGCUGGCAUCGCUUGGCGUUUGAUGAGUCUUUGUGGCAUAGUGUGGAUCUUGUAGGGAACCCCCAGCUGGAUCAAGCUCUUGGGCAGGUGCUUAUGGCUGGAGUACUGGGACUGCGCUGCCCCCGUACCUGCAUUGGAGAACCACAUUUCACCCAUACACAACACCUGCGUGUCCAGCACAUGGAUCUCUCCAGCUGCACUGUCUCAACCCAGUUUCUAGAUGACAUUAUCUCCCGCUGCAGGCGGCUAGAGAAUCUAAGCUUGGAGGGACUGGAGCUCUCUGACUGCAUCAUUCAGUCCCUAUCCCAGAAUACUGAGCUGGUACGGCUCAACCUGUGUGGCUGCUCUGGCUUCUCACCUGACUCGCUUGGUGAGAUGCUGAAAUCCUGCUCACGGCUUGAAGAGCUGAACUUGUCAUGGUGUGACUUCAGUACUGAUCAUGUGAAGGCUGUUGUCAGGAACAUCCCCUCCAAUAUCACCCAGCUCAACCUUAGUGGCUACAGACAGAACCUUACUAUGGAAGAUGUGAAAGACUUUGUGGAGAGAUGUCCUCACCUCGUAAAUCUGGAUUUAAGUGACAGUGUUCUGAUGACGACCUCCAGUUUCCCCAUCCUCCAGCAGCUGCAGUCUCUUAGACACUUAGCAUUGAGCCGUUGCUACCAGAUCCACCCUGCUGCCUUAGCUGACUUUGAGAAGUUUCCGGAGCUGCAGACGUUGGAGGUGUACGGGCUGGUCCAGGACACCUACCUGCCAAUCUUGAGUAAAAGUUUGCCCCGUCUCCAAAUAAACACCCGGCCGUUCUCAGGCGUGGCCCGUCCCACCGAGGCCAACCGGCGGGACCGCACCAUGUGGGGUAUGACCUGUCGCCUGGUGUUCAGGUCCUAGUCACAACGCCUUCCUAAUGCUGUCAUUAACAUGUCAUAACUUAUUUCUGUCUGAUGCAGUCAUUCUAUUGGAGGAAUAUAAGCUAUUUUUUUGUGUCAGCCAUUGUGUGUAUGCAUAUUGCAUUGAGCCGUACACAAUUUGUGGUACACUGACACCAAUUGUUCUAACUGCUGAUGAAGAUUUCUGUUUUGUUGUGCUUUUGUCAACACUUAUUUUGGUUUUAUAAUGGUAGGCAUUGGUUCUAAGUUACUCUAGUAAUAAGCUCAGUAAUAGGACAUGGCCUUCGGAUGCACAGUAGUGGGAAUUGGAUAUGCUGGUAAAUUGCAUUUCUCCACAGUAAUGCUGCUUGAAUAACAUGCAACUGAAUUCUUAAGAUUUUAAAAGGGUAGCUGUUUUAGACAUUUUAACCCUGAUAAUGUUGAAGACAUCUUGUAGUUGUAAGGGAAAUGCCAUUUUUCUUUUUUUUCUUGAUAUAAUAAUACAUUCUGAUUAUAGGAUACAUUAUCAGGAUCCUAUGAUCUGUCCAAUAUGUUGACUUUCAAACAUUCCAAAGAUGGAUCUGUUUGAAAAAAGGUCUAGUAAAACUUGGCAAACAAAAAAAAAAUAUCUUGAUAACGUUGGUUCGUUCUGUAAUGUUUCACUAGCUGGAUAUAGGAACAUUAAUUCCAGUUCAUGCCUAUCAACUGGAAUCGGGGUUUGCCAGAAAGACAAGCUAGGAAGAUUGGUCUGUUAGACUAAUGCAUGGGUGCUCUACCAUUGCAGCAGUUUAAAUCUGUGUCUCGUGAUGCAAUGAUUUAGAAUUCCCUCUUCAGUGUUUUAUAAAAAAAAAUUCAAUCUGCAUUUUAAGGGCCAGUUUUAACAAUGGUGCCAAUUACUUGAUCAAUCUGUUUUGUAUUUUAAAGUUGAAGGAGUUAUUAAUAAGAAAUCAAUGAAGUCACGCUGUUCAUGUUACAUUUUAAAUCAAUCUCUAUAUCCGUUUGACUGAAUGAAAGCCGAGGCGGCCAUAACAUAGAAAAGGCUAGAGCUGUUGGCAUUUUUGUGGAAAUUAACAUUUUAAUCUUGUCCCUAAAUUAGGUACGAAAUGAGAAUGUGCACUACACCUAUAAUGUAAAUGGUUGCCUUGGCUACAAGGGGGCAGUAGUUAUGUCUCGGAGCAAUGUUUGGUCUGGUUCCUGUUCAUGCUCACAUUUGUGAGAUGUUUGAGAAACGUACGUUUUCUAUUCAUGCAUUUACAAAUAACAUUUACUAUGUUAGAAAAUACUAAAAUGUGACACUUGCCAAUUUUAUGUAAAUAAAUGUUAGUAAUGUGA